AUGAACGGACCGGUGGAUGGCCUCUGUGACUAUUCUCUAAGCGAAGAAGGAGCCUUCAUGUUCACGUCAGAGUCUGUGGGAGAGGGACACCCGGAUAAGAUCUGCGACCAGAUCAGUGACGCGGUGCUGGACGCCCAUCUCAAGCAAGACCCCAAUGCCAAGGUGGCCUGCGAGACGGUGUGUAAGACGGGCAUGGUGCUGCUGUGUGGCGAGAUCACCUCGCAGGCCAUGGUGGACUACCAGCGGGUGGUGAGAGACACCAUCAAGAACAUCGGCUACGAUGACUCUGCCAAGGGCUUCGACUUCAAGACCUGCAAUGUGCUGGUGGCUUUGGAGCAGCAGUCCCUGGAUAUUGCCCAGGGUGUCCAUCUGGACAGAAGCGAAGAGGAUGUUGGUGCAGGAGACCAGGGUUUGAUGUUCGGCUACGCCACGGACGAGACGGACGAGUGCAUGCCCCUCACCAUCGUCCUCGCUCACAAGCUCAACACCCGCAUGGCGGAUCUGAGGCACUCUGGUGUCCUGCCCUGGCUGAGGCCCGACUCGAAGACUCAGGUGACGGUGCAGUACAUCCAGGACAACGGCGCGGUCAUCCCAGUGCGCAUCCACACCAUCGUCAUCUCCGUGCAGCACAACGAGGACAUAACGCUGGAGGAGAUGCGCAAGGCCCUGAAGGAGCAGGUGAUCAAGGCCGUGGUGCCGGCCAAGUACCUGGACGAAGACACCAUUUACCACCUGCAGCCCAGCGGACGGUUUGUCAUUGGCGGUCCCCAGGGGGAUGCGGGCGUCACUGGCCGUAAGAUUAUUGUGGACACCUAUGGAGGCUGGGGGGCUCAUGGUGGCGGGGCCUUCUCUGGGAAGGACUACACCAAGGUGGACCGUUCUGCAGCAUACGCUGCCCGCUGGGUGGCCAAGUCCCUGGUGAAAGCAGGGCUCUGCCGGAGAGUGCUUGUCCAGGUGUCCUAUGCCAUUGGCGUGGCGGAGCCGCUGUCCAUUUCCAUCUUCACCUACGGAACCUCUGAGAAGACAGAGCGGGAGCUGCUGGACGUGGUGAACAAGAACUUUGACCUCCGGCCGGGCGUCAUCGUCAGGGAUUUGGAUUUGAAGAAGCCCAUCUACCAGAAGACAGCAUGCUACGGCCAUUUCGGAAGAAGCGAGUUCCCGUGGGAGAUUCCCAGGAAGCUUGUAUUUUAGAGCUGGGGGGAGCUGGGCCUGGCCUCAUCCUGGUGGCAUCCGGUGGCCACGCUCCUCUUCUCCAGGAUCCCAAAGCUCAUACGUCCUGGAGCUCUGGGUGCUGACUCCCCUCCCCACCCACCAGCCCUCUGGGGCAAAGCCGGGUCCCUCUCAUUUAGUCCUGUCCUGCCAUCCCCAUGCAUGGCCAGAGGCAAGUGGCUUCCUGGUACUGAGGGUCAGAGCUCCGUGUGAGGGUCAUCACGGUGUCUCCCUGCCUCUUCCUCAGACCAGGGCAACACUGAUUUUGUGGGAAAAGCACCCCUGUCCAGAGUGAAUGCCCUCACUCUCCUCCCUGCACAGCCUGGACCCUGACCAGCCCCUCCUCGCCCCACGUGGGCCAUGGUGAGGUCAGCGCAUCUCACAGACCUCAGGGUUCCCUCCAGGCCUGGGCCACGGGGUCUCCCUCACAGCUGCUGCCAACACCCCUGAGCCAGAGGCUUCACAAAGCCACUCCCAGGCCAGGCAUCUGGCAGGGGCUGAUGUCUCCUAAGCAUCUACAAUGCGUGAGGGACCCGGCUAACCCCUGAUCUCAUUUUUUCUUCACUGCAACAUGAUAAGGUAGCACCUUUUAUUACCCCAUUUAUAAAUGGAGAAACCAAGGGACAGAGAGUCUAGAUAACUUUCACAAGGUCUCACAGCCACAGGUGUCAGGGCCUCAACAUGAAUCUAGGAGCUUUAACUCAGCUUUUAACCUGUGGACCCCGUCUCAUACCAGAAACAGACUUGAGCAACGACUAAGCAGAUUGCAAUGAGGCCAUGGACUCUGCCCUGAAGGCCUGGGGUUACUGGGAAUUAUUGGAUUAACCCACUGGCUCUUCCUGAGCCCUGGGCAAUGGUCUGCAAAGUCAAGAUGGAACCAUAGGAUGAUUUCAUUUGUCUCAUUUGUCCCAGAAGACAGUUCAGGGUGAGCUGGGCACCCUGGCCCAUCAGGCUGGGCUGGAGUUUGGAAUUAACAGGCAGCCUUAUCAUCCUAGCCACGUGACCACUCAGAGACACACGGGGCUGGGGAUUUUGGACCUCUGGGUCAAGUGGUCUAAGCCCAGUCCAGUCCUACCUGGGCUUCUUGGAGCAGAAGCAGCAACUUGUCCUAGCACAGGUGACUGGCCCCUAAGGGGACUUCAAGUCCUUCUCCUUCUUUGGCCCCUUGUAUGUUCUGCGGAUUUAGUGCCAUUGGAGUAAGUGAUGGGGGGCCCUAAGAUGCCCUUCUAGAAAGUCCAGCCCUGAGGCUCAGAUACUGAUGUUAAGUGGGCCAGGCUCACCUCCUGGUGGUGGGCAAGGUGCCUAAGAUAUCCUGAGGAGAUUCUGCCUUUGCCAGGUGGUUUUCUGGGGACAGAUCUGCUCCUGAGGGGCCUGAGUGGUCCUUGGUCCGCCAGGGUCUUGGAAGCUGCACACUCCCCUGCUUUGCCAUCCCUGGCCGGCACCACUCACCCCACCUGUCCUCAGCCUGGGCCUCAGACAGCAGCAUCUGCACCUUCUCUCGAGCUCCCAGGGCCACAGGCUCAGGUAGGGGCCCCCACGGGCCCCAGGAGAAGGCGGGGCCUUGGCUUCUUUCCAGGGCACACAGUGCUCCUUCUGGCCGGGAGAGGUGGCCAAAAAAAGCCUCACCUGGAGAGCCAGCAGCCUGCACCUGGGCCUGGCCUUUCCCUCGGGACAGGAAACUCUUCAGGGCAGAAAGGGAAGCCCAAACUGCCCUCAAAGCCUGGAGCUUGUGUAUGAUACUGAAACUCAGGUCUCUCUGCAGGCUCCUGGUGACCUGGGUCAGCCUUAAGUUCCUCCAGUAGACGGAGGGACACGUUUGCAGGUGGCUGAGUCCUCUAACUUGGACAAUGUCCCAAGCAAAAAUUCAGGAUUUUAUACUUUCCCUACCUGCUAGAGGAGUGAGAUCUUUUUUGUCAACAUUGUUUAUAUGAAACUCAAGCUUUUACUUGUUCAUAGUUCUUGCUAGAAUAGUGAAUAAAAACUCAAGGAGCAACUGC